UAAGCGAGGGGGCAUAAAGCGCGCGCGUGCUGGUUUAUAUCCUUUCCAGCUGCUCGCCGCUUCUUGGGUUUCCCUUCUGCCUCCAGAAGCUUCGCUUUUCUUUCCAGCCAUUAGAGGGCGCUUUCAAUAGUGACCGGAGGGCUCCAGAAGACCCUGUCGCCUAGCAACCGCCAUCAUAUCCUAAACAAAACUGACAGGCGGCGAGAGAACCCGGGAUCCGCAUUGACCGCUUUGGCAGCUGGCAGCCCUCCUGCUGCGAAAGGCUGGAGCAUGUCACCCGCUAGGAACCCCUUUCCAUUCCCUCAUUACGAAAAUGAAAAUACCUACAAUGGCAAGAAUAGGAGUGCCCAGAAAAUCCCCUAUGGCAUGCCCACCCAUCUUUCCCAGCAACAAGACCCCUGGAAUCGGCUACAUGGAACACCAACUUUAGCAAGCAUCAGAAGAGAAGUCUGGUACUCAGAACCUGAGAUUUCUAGAGACAGUCUGGAUUUUAACCUCAGUUCUCUGUACAAUCACCAUGAAGAUCUGCUUAAAGACAAAAGUCAGGUAGUCCUCCAUAAAGAAACCAUCUUUGAUGACCAUGGCAGAAUGCUUAAGGGGUUAGAGCCUUUGAAGGAAUACACUGUGCCUUCAGUUCAGCAUUCUACUUCCAGGAGCCUUUCUGUGAGACACUGGGUUAAUCCUGUAAAAGAAUCUAUCCACAGCAUUGAGGGAGCCAUUGAAUCUCCACACACUGCAGCCACAAACAGUGGAUAUUCCCGCAAAGAGAAUGGUGGGAUCUUCUAUCAUUAAUGAUUUUUGCAGGGUCAUGUUGCAACUUUAUUCCUUGCAGCCUUAAUUGUUGCCCAUAAGCUAACUCUUUACUCACUAUGUGCUUAGUUUUCAGAUCAUCCAUUAAACCAGCCAGCUUCACUGAAUUUUAGUAAAAGCUCAACUAUGCUGUAUUUGAAAAAGCAAGUUGUUAUUGCCAGUGGACCAAGCCCCAAAUAUAUUAGGCCUAAUAAAUUCACAUAUUUGGUUAGGACUGAAGUAAUAGAUUAGAGAGCCAGUGAGUUCUAGUCCCACCUUAGGCACAAAGCCAGCUGGGUGACCUUGGA